GUGUGUGUGGGUUUGGCUGCAGCCCACUCUGUGCUCUUUGACUCCACUGGCCUUAUAAGGCAUCCGGCGCCAUGGCAACAGCAGGGCUUGAAUAGCAGUGUCAAAUCCCUCAGCCCACAGACACACGCUCACGCUCCCUAAAGGAGGGAGCGAAGCAGAGGAAGAGGAGGCUAUCUCUGGGCUGCUCUCAGCUGCAGAGUCUGGCUCAAACAGAAAAGGGCGCUGUGUUUUUCCUGCCCUGGUGGGGCUAAUUUAUUCCUGUCUGGGCCAGGCGGAAAGACGAAAAGGACGAGCAGAACAGUGAAGAGCGCAAAGUAAACCCUUAGUCCCUGACAGAGAAGCAGGGAGGGUCUGGCCUCUGGAUGUAACUGGGAGAAGGACAAGCUCUGACAAAACAAGAAAGCAGAGGCAUGACUUUGGGAAAGAAGAGCAGACUGUGACUGAGGAGAUUUCUCAACUCAGCCCUUGUUUUUGCUUGUUUUUUCUUCGACAUUUGAUCCUCUGACCCCAUUGACUUUGAAGGAGCAGAAGAAAACAGUGUUUCGUCAGAGAGGGCAGAGCAGGAGGACGUCUUUGGUGAACUUUGCUGCUUCAGAAACUAGCUGAGUCAGAAAAGGCAUUUGUUAACUAAAAGCGUAAAGAUAGUUUCCAAAAACAGCAUGUGAAAAGGAAUUAAAUAUAUUUUUUUUUUCAUUGGCUUUGCAUUUCUGAAAAAGCCUCAACAAGUCAAGAGUGCGUCUGGACUGGAAGUGCUCAGAUCAGAAGAUAGCACCUCAGCACUGCAGGAACUGGUUGGACAAGUUUAUUAGAUGAAGGAAAGGGCAGGGUAGUUUAACCCUGCCUGAAGGAGAACGGUUUUAUUUUUUUCUCACCUGCCGGUCUGUACUGCGCUGAACGAGAAGAGAGGAGGGUAUUUUUUUUAGAUCUAUGUCUUUUUUCAUCAUGCUGAAGGGUAGAUUAGGCAUUUCUUCAUAGCAGAGGUCGGAAAAAGCGAGUGAGAGGGAAGGAGAAAGAGUCAAAGUGUAAUUUAUUGUUUCCUGUGAAAAGAGCAGAGCUGCACCCUUACUCCUGCCUGAACUCUGAACCACUUAAUGUGUGUCUGAAGUUUUUCUCAGAGCUCGAGAGCCAUUGAUCAGAGGUCAGGGCUGAACACAAGAGGAGAGAGAGGAAAAGAGCAGAGGGAUUAAACAAGGCAGAGGAAAAAUAUCGCAGAGGAAAGACCACCGGGUCAGGACAGCUAGACGGCAAAGGGGAGAAAGGUCAACGCAGGAGAGUCGCGGACAACUUUGUGUUCUACUUUCAGAUCUUUCAGGACAAAGUUAGUCAAAUCCAAACCAGGUGUCCCAGUCUUGGGUUGUAUAAUCAGUUCUGUAAACUUUGAGGGGGCAGCGUGAAGCUCGAUCGAGACAGCAAAAGGUCCUUGUAUGAUCCUCUCACAGAGCGGCGUGUCUUUGAGAAGAUGGCCAUGGUGAGCGGGGGGUGGGGCAACCCCAACGGGGACACUAACGGACUGGGAGAGAAGGCUUACCUGAGGAGGGAGGAGGACAACGACUCGCCCCAGGCCGGCAGCAGCGAUGUGGACGUUGGGGACGAGGACAAGACCUGCGUGGUGGACUGCGUGGUGUGCGGGGACAAGUCCAGCGGGAAGCAUUACGGCGUGUUCACCUGCGAGGGCUGCAAGAGCUUCUUCAAGAGGAGCAUCAGGAGGAACCUCAACUACACAUGCAGAUCAAACCGAGAAUGCCAAAUUGACCAGCAUCAUCGCAACCAGUGCCAAUACUGUCGUCUGAAGAAGUGUUUCCGUGUCGGGAUGCGAAAAGAAGCUGUGCAGCGGGGUCGGAUCCCUCCUUCUCACUCAGGUAUCAGUCCAAACUCCUUGUCUGGAGGGGCUGGAGGUCCGGGUCCGGGUCCCAUCGGGGCAGACUACUUCAAUGGCCAGGCGGUGUCGGAGCUCAUUUCCCAGCUGCUUCGGGCCGAGCCAUACACCAACAGCCGCUACGGUGCCCCUUACACCCAGGCGCAGAUGCAGGCGACAGCCAGCGGGGCGUCCGUCAUGGGCAUCGACAGCAUCUGUGAGCUGGCCGCCCGCCUCCUCUUCAGCACCAUAGAGUGGGCCAGAAACAUCCCAUACUUCCCAGAACUCCCAGUCUCAGAGCAGGUGGCGCUGCUGAGACUGAGUUGGAGCGAGCUGUUCAUCCUGAACGCUGCUCAGUCUGCUCUGCCGCUUCACAUGGCUCCUCUACUGGCAGCGGCCGGCUUCCACUCGUCCCCCAUGUCUGCCGAGCGGGUGGUGUCCUUCAUGGACCAGGUCAGGGUUUUCCAGGACCAGGUGGACAAGCUGAACCGGCUGCAGGUGGACUCUGCCGAGUACAGCUGCCUCAAAGCCAUCGCCCUUUUUUCUCCAGAUGCAUGUGGCUUGACAGACCCGGCCCACGUGGAGUCCCUGCAGGAGAAGGCCCAGGUCGCCCUGACAGAGUACGAGAGGCUGACCUACCCCAGCCAGCCUCAGCGCUUCGGACGCUUGCUGCUGCGCCUCCCUGCUCUGCGUGCCGUGCCGGCGAAUCUCAUCUCCCAGCUCUUCUUCAUGAGGCUGGUGGGCAAAACGCCCAUCGAGACGUUGAUCCGAGAUAUGCAGCUAUCAGGGAGCUCCAUCAGUUGGCCCUACGCUGCGGGACAGUAAACAACCCCCCUGGGCUUCAGAGAGAGACAGACUGAGAUCAGACUUUAAGGAGGCAUCAUCAUGAAUGCAGAUUAUGGUUUUCAGAUCCUAAUUAGGGGGACAUCUUCCCUCUCCAUCCUGAUGAAGUUAGGCUGGAAUGACAGUUAGUUCAUGGAAACAGUGUGUUAUUGUCCUGAUGUAGUAUUUGUUUGCAGCACUUGUCAGUUGUGUUUCCGCCUCUGGCUGAUCUUGCUUCGCCUUACUCUGAUUGAACAGGGCCUUCAUUAAACUGCUCCCUCACAUGAGGCCAUGUGCCUCUUCUACCUCCUCCCAUUUGACCCCCCAAUGUGACCCAGGCACUGUGUGUUCACCCCCCUGUUGUCCAGUCUAAAUUAAGCCAUAGCAGCCAUGAGCACCGCAACAAACGGGUCAAAGCUGGGACGUGUUGCAGGGAUCAUACAGAAGCGCUCACAUGUAUGUCAUAAAACCAGGAGAUGAAUGAAGGAACUGCAACAUGGGUGAUGCAUUUUUGUUGUCCUCAACUGUGUAAAUACAAGUCUGUUACAGUGCUGUGAAAAACGUUUUUACCCCCUUACAGAUUUAUUUUGUUUUUGGGCUGUUUGAGGUCAUACCACAACAGCUCAGUUUUAUUUAAGUCCAGACUUUGACUAGGCCACUUCAAAACCUUCCUUUUCUUUUUAUGUUCUUGUUUUUAUGGUAAUUCAGAGGUGGACCUACUGGUGUGUUUCGAAGCCCUGUCCUGUUCCAUAACCUAAGUGCUCUUGAGCUUAAGAUCACAAACUGACAUUCCCCUUCAGGGUUUUCUGGGUGAGAGCAGAAUUCAUGGUUUCAUCAAUUAUGGCAAGUGAUCCCCAUCCUGAAGUAGCAAUGCAGUCCCAGACCACCACACUACCACAACCAUGUUUGACUAUCUAAGAUGUUCUGUUUCUGAAACGCUGUUAGUUUAAUGACAGAUGUAACGGGUCACACAUCUUCCAAAAAGCUCCACUUUUUUCUUGUCAGUCCACAGAAUAUUUUCCCAAAAGUCUUGGGAAACAUCGAGAUGUUUUUCACCACAUUUGAGACGGGUCUUUGUGUUCCAUUUGAUUAGCAGUGGUUUUUUGCAUCAGAACUCUUCCAUGGAUGCCAUUUUUGCCCAGUCCCUCUUUUAAGUUGAAUAAUUAAAACAAAUUGUGAGUGAGGUGAGUGCUUUAGAUAUUGUUCUGGAGUGUUUGGAGCCCUCCUGGAGAAGUUUUUGAAGUACGUCUCUUAGGAAAGAUGUUCCUGGGGAGGUUGACCGCUGUUCCAUGUUUUCUUCAUUUGUGGUUAAUGUCUCUCGCUGUGGUUUUCUAGAGAACAAAAUACUUAGAAAUGGCUUCUUAACCCUUUCUAGACUGAAAUAUGGCAAUAGCUUUGUUCUUAUUUCAUUAGAUUAGGGCAUUAUAUGUUGCUUUUUGAGAUCUUUAAUCCUACUUCAUGUUGUCAGACAUGUUCCAUUUCAGUGAUUUCUUGAUACUACAGAUCUGACAGCAAUCAGGCCUGGGCGUAGCUCGUGAAACUGAACUCAGUUUAGGGAAAAACUUGGUUUAUCACAGUUAAAUCAUGAUUAAACAGAUUUUUCCACAUAUGACCAGGUUGGUUUGAAUAGCUAUUUUCCUUAAAAAAAUAAUAUAUUUAAAAACCGCUUUUUGUUUUUCUUCAGGUUAUCUUUAGCUGAAAUUAAAAUUUGUCCGUUGAUCUGAAAGAUUCAUAUGUGAAGAAAAAAACAACAUAUCUGCAAGGAGGAACAUUCUGUUCACAGCACUGUAUAAACAGGGAAGGGGUUGGUUCAACUUUUUUUUGCAAAUGCAUGAGAAUGUUUUUUAAGAUGGGGACCUAUCGUGUUUCUCCACAAUGCUGCGGAGGUUGCCACCGUGGAGCAAUGACGCGAAUGUAUUAAAACGCUCCCUGGUUGAUCAGACAGUCACAUACCUGUGGAACUUUAUUACCUCAUGUUUUCUACAUCAGACAGAGAUUGUUUGGUGAACUUACUUAUGUGUUAAUGAUAAAAGGGAUCAACCAAGGCAUCAUCUUUAGAAAUCAAACAGAACUAUUUUCUUGAAGUGAUCUCUCCAUCGGACUUCCCCUGAAUUAUCUUUGGAGAUCCUUUACACUUCACGUGGGAUGACACUAAAAGGUUGACUUAAGUGAAUCUUGAUUUUUAUGAUGAAUUGUUGCUACCUAGAUGCUGUUUCCUUUGCUUUUAUAAGUGUUAAAGAAGUUGAUCUUUUUUUCUUUCCCAGUUUUAAUCGAACUUUAAAGAGAGGACAGCCAUCCUCUGAUAAUUAUGUGAUGAUGUAAGGUACUUUGAUGUUUAGGUGUGAUAGUAAGAUCCAGGUACUUCAUAGUUCAUGAGCGUAAAGACUGUGAACUGCAGCUCAGUGAAAAGAACUAUUUUGCCAAAAUAAUUGAUAAAAUGUUGACAUAAAACCUGGUUUUGGUGUGACUUAUUUUUCCUGUUAUGUGAUAAACAGUGAUCCCUGAUGCAACAGUUUAUGUUCAUUUGUUAGAAGUUUGACUUUAGUGAUUUAACUGUGGCAGUAGCUUUACAUGUAAAAGAAUCAUGUUUCUAUGAUCACGCCAAAACUAAAAACUGCAAAAGAAAUUUGUAUGGCUGACUCAUUAUUUUUUGCAUCAAAAUAAAUAAAAGUAUACACUUCCAAUACCCACCUUCA